AAAAAGAGAAACUGAUAACAAGUGUCAUAACACUAAAAAUCUUUUUUCGUCUGAAUGACCUACCGCCUAAAUAAUGUCAUCUUACAAAGACAGUAUUUUGGGGGCAAAGGUUAUUGAUUUACACAAAAUAGUCGAAAAUGGACGUCAGCGUUUCAUUUGUUUUACAAAAAUGGGAACAAAUUGGUCUCUUAAUGUGACGGACGGUCUUGAUAUCUGGCGGCUUGAGAUGGAUGAAGAUGAAUUUGAGUCACAUAGAGAAUUGUCAGAGACUUCAUCAAAUGAGGCAUUUUUAUUGAAAAUUAGGAAAGGCUUUACAGAUGGAGAUCUUUCUGUUGCAAUGAUUGGAAACAAAAUUACUCUUACCAUUGGAAAGGGAGUGAGUGCAUUGACUUUUGACCUAUAUGAAUGCAAGGCCGCUGAGAAGAAAACAGAACUACAAGAACUUUUGUUUAAAUUAGCAAUGUCCUCUUCAAAACUUGAAGAAGAGCUUGCAGUAGCAAACAAGACCAUAGACACCCUGAAGUCCCAAACUGCUAAUACUGGUGCAGGAAAUUCUGCCCUAGAUAUAGGCUCUAAAAGAGAAUCCCAUGCCAAACCCAAACCCAAAAAAGUCGGCAUGAGUGUUGUGAAUCCGACCAGCAAAAAGAGGAAGGCUGCCCAUGGUGUAGUUUUUGACUAAAUUGUAGUUGGAACCACAUUUUAUUUUUAUUUUUCUAAAAAAAGGCAGCUCAUCUCAAACUUCAUACAAUGCACUUCAACUGUUGAAUUGAAAGUAUCUUGCUUUGUUUGUGAACCAGUUUCUUUAUCUUUAAAUUUUUGUACAUACAUGUA